CUUUUUACCUUUAUACUGGGAGUGGUUGCUGUGUGCUUCUCUGCCUCAUAACCCAACCCUUGUUGGGUGGCUGGAACUAAUAGCAUUGCCACUAACAUCUCCCUGCAUGAGCAUCUGAUGGCUUCCACCUCUACGAAUAGGAAGUAAGAGAGAACCAGGAUACUAGCCUUAAUUGGCUGAAGUACUCCAUCUUUCAAAUGGAAUUAUUGCUACUUUUUGUGUGUGUUUUUGAGGCGGCUGUGUGGGGUCAUGUCCUUCUUCCCUAAGAAUGAAAAAACUAGUCUGUUUCAAAGGAAGUUGUUAGUCCUGGCCCUAAGUUAUAUGUGAUGGCUGCCCGCACAGGUCGCCAGUUGUUGCUGUGAAUUGAACUCACCUGUGUAAGGCAUCAUCAGACCAACUACAUAAUUUGUAUGACCUAGUUUAAAAUGAAAAUGCAGGGUCCUUUGUUAAGAAUUAUUGAAAUGAUUAAUUAUUGAGAAUUUCAAGGAUGGGCCGGUCGGUGUCUCCUUCACUUCACCCUCAAGUCGCGGCAGCCUCAGCCCAACCCCAAGCGUGCCAAACAGCUGCGAUGGCCCCCCUCUGGAGACCACUAGAUCAACUUUUUCCACAGCCUCGCCAUGGCAAUCUAUGGACAGACCUGCGCACGGCCAAUGUGUAUCCCUCCAUCAUACGCUGACCUUGGCAAAGCUGCCAGAGAUAUUUUCAACAGAAGAUUUGGUUUUGGGUUGGUGAAACUCUAUGUGAAGACAAAGUCCUGCAGUGGUGUGGAAUUCUCAACAUCUGGUUCACCUAAUACAGACACUGGUAAAGUUACUGGGACCUUGGAGACUGAAUAUAAAUGGUGUGAGUAUGGUCUAACUUUCACAGAGAAAUGGAACACUGAUAACACUCUGGGAACGGAAAUCGCAAUCGAAGACCAGAUUUGUCAGGGUUUGAAACUAACAUUUGAUGCCACUUUUUCACCAAACACUGGAAAGAAAAGUGGUAAAAUCAAGUCUUCUUACAAGAUGCAAUGUGUAAACCUUGGUUGCGAUGUUGACUUUGAUUUUGCUGGACCUGCAAUCCAUGGCUCAGCUGUCUUUAGUUAGGAGGGCUGGCUUGCUGGAUACCAGAUGACCUUUGACAGUGCCAAAUCAAAGCUGACAAGGAAUAACUUUGCAAUGGGCUACAGGACUGGGAACUUCCAGCUACACACUAAUGUCAGCGAUGGGACAGAAUUUGGAGGCUCAAUUUAUCAGAAAGUAUGUGAAGAUCUUGACACUUCAGUAAACCUUGCUUGGACAUCAGGUACCAACUGCACUCGCUUUGGCAUUGACACUAAGUAUCAGUUGGAUCCCACUCCUUCCAUUUCUGCAAAAGUCAACAACUCUAGUUUAAUAGGAGUGGGCUACACUCAGACUCUGAGGACUGGUGUGAAGUUUACAUUGUCUGCGCUGGUAGAUGGGAAGAGUAUGAAUGCUGGAGGCCACAAAUUUGGGCUUGCCAUGGAGUUGGAGGCUUAAUCCAGCUGAAAGAAACUUCUGGGAAUGGAUAUCAGAAGAUUUGGCCUUAGUAUAUUUCCGGUGUGACCAGCAGGAUUUUUUUCCUCCAAGAAGGUGAUCAAAACAAAGGAUGAGCUAAACAAGAGCUAUCUUUUAAAUAUUUACAGUUACUUGUUAGCUGGUUUCUAGUUGAAUUGGUUGUCUGUCUAGUUACCAGGGCUGCUGUUGUGCAGCCUCCUAUACAUUAUUUAAAUGCAUUUAACUGUUCAAUGAGCUACCCACCAAUAAUGAGAUAAACCUUUAUGAAAACUGUGCAGUCGUGUGCAUGUUUGUUUUUAUGUUCCUUUUCACACUGAGCACUGCCAUUGAAUAAAAUGGAUCAGUGGAUUUAA